CUCUCUCUCUCUCUCUCUCUCUCUCUCUCUCUCUCUCUCAUAUGGAGCAUGUAUGUCUAUUGUUUAGUCACAUCUGAGAGAGGUAGUGAUAUCUUGUCUAUCUAUUUUUUUAUUAUGAGGAUGAGCUUUAAAUACUUUAUCAACCUUGAUUUGCCUUGCUAAAACCUCUCCUUGCACAUCUUUUAGCUUUGGUGUUUUUGUUCAGUCUUCACCUUUUCAACUUUUUGGCCAUCUCUCUCUCUCUCUCUCUCUCUCUCUCCCUCUCUCACUCUCUAUCUACGUAUAUAAUCCUAGCUUAGCUGUUCAUCUGAUCUUUGCUUCCUACCUUUUGCAACAUGAGCAGCGAUCACCCUUACUCCACUUACUACAAUGGAUCUUGGUUUAAUCUUAACCCUAACUAUUACUACUUGUCUCCUGCUCCCGCAGCUCCUCCCCCGCUUUCCUAUUCCAGUUUCACUCACUACUAUCAACCGUCACCGCCUUCUCCACCGCUCAGGGAAGCUCUUCCUCUCCUCAGCCUUAGCCCAUCAAGAAGAUCACCCACCCAAAAUCAAGAAUAUCUUAGCAGUACAACUAAUGAUUCUUGUAGUACAACCACCACAACCAUAGCCAUGGACGUAGAUCAUCACAAGGACAAAACUACAACUGAUGAUGAUGAUCAUGAGACUGUAACUGUGGCUCUACAUCUUGGUCUCCCAAGCCCUAGCUUUUCCGAAGCUGAUCUCAUCACAAGGCUUUCCACCAAUUCAAACAACAAUACUACUGAAGCUGAUCAUAAAGAAGUGGAGGAGGAAGAAGGUACACACAGCAACGGGUAUCUUACAAGCGCACUCAACAAGGGUCAGUAUUGGAUCCCAACUCCAGCUCAGAUUCUAAUUGGACCAACUCAGUUCUCUUGCCCUCUUUGCUUCAAAACCUUCAACAGAUACAAUAACAUGCAGAUGCAUAUGUGGGGCCAUGGAUCUCAAUACAGGAGAGGACCAGAAUCGCUAAGGGGAACACAGCCAACAGCGAUGCUAAGGCUACCAUGCUACUGCUGUGCACCUGGGUGUCGAAACAACAUCGAUCACCCAAGGGCCAAGCCACUAAAAGAUUUCAGAACCCUUCAGACACACUACAAAAGGAAGCAUGGGAUCAAGCCGUUUAUGUGUAGAAAAUGCGGCAAGGCCUUUGCUGUCAGAGGAGAUUGGCGAACCCAUGAGAAAAACUGUGGGAAACUUUGGUAUUGUAGCUGCGGAUCAGAUUUCAAACACAAGAGAUCUUUAAAAGAUCAUAUAAAGGCAUUUGGGAAUGGGCAUGCAGCUUAUGGGAUUGAUGAUUGUUGCUUUGAAUUAGAAGAAGAAGAAGCUGCUUCUGAGAUUGAGCAAGACAAUGAAUCAUCUCAUUGUGAUAAUUAAUCAAAAGUUGCCACUACCAACUGUUCUUAGAGAUUGUCAGAAUCACUUUUGAAGGACCCCUCUUUGAUUUCCUUGCAUGUUCACUUUUUUUUUUGGGUUAAAACAUUUCUUUUUCGUUCCUUGUUUAGGUUUUAUCUUUUUAUCAUUUCAUGAGACAUUAAAUCAAGAUUUGUAAAUUCCCUUUCAAGCUCUAAGUCCCUUCUCUUCUGUGUUUGUGGCUACUAGUUUUAAAUGCAUACUCCAUUAUCUUAUAUGUUCAAACCCUAAUAAUAAAAACUUGC